AUGAUGGGGAGGAUUGUGGUAUUUUUGGGGACACCACUGGAUUUGGGAGUGGCCAUCUUGAAAAUACUUGACGUGUUGAAGGACAGAAACGUGUGGGACGUGUCUUUGUGGGUCAUGUUCUUGACCACAUUCGUGACCUUUGGUGCGUCGGCUCUUGGCAUUGCGUACGGGAGCUUGUCAACAAACCUUGACCCGACCAAGACUAACUCUCUUUUCGGACUCAAAGAGGCAAAGGAGAAUUGGGUAGAGAUGUGGAAAGAUGAGUAG